AUGUUCUCCGGCGGGCAACAAGGAUACUACCAGCAACAACCCCCAUACUAUCAGCAGCAGCAACAGCAGGGAUAUUAUCAGCAGCAGCAGCCAUACUAUCAGCAGCAGCCGUACUACCAGCAACAGCCAUAUUACCAACAACAACAAAGUGGUGGUGGUCAAGACUGUCUGAUGGCAUGCUUAGCUGCCAUGUGUAUCUGCUGUACUUUAGAUGCUAUCUUUUAA